GCUGUUCCUCCAAGUCAUUCAAGCUGUACUCUCCAAAGGAGCCCCCCAACGGCAGCUCCUUCCCCCCGUUCCACCCCGGCACCAUGCUGGACAGAGACCUGGGCCCAACCCCCAUGUACCCCCCCUCAUACCUGGAGCAUGGAAUAGGGAGACACACACCGUACGGGAACCAGACAGACUACAGGAUAUUUGAGCUCAACAAACGGCUACAGAACUGGACAGAGGAAUGUGAUAAUCUGUGGUGGGAUGCGUUCACUACAGAGUUCUUUGAGGACGAUGCCAUGUUGACCAUAACCUUCUGUCUGGAGGACGGACCCAAGAGAUACACGAUUGGCCGGACGUUGAUCCCGCGGUACUUCCGGAGUAUAUUCGAGGGGGGCGCCACCGACCUCUACUACGUGUUGAAGCACCCCAAAGAGUCCUUCCACAACAACUUCGUCUCGCUGGACUGUGACCAGUGUACCAUGGUUACGCAGAACGGAAAACCCAUGUUCACACAGGUGUGUGUGGAGGGUCGUCUGUACCUGGAGUUCAUGUUUGACGACAUGAUGAGGAUCAAGACGUGGCACUUCAGCAUCCGACAGCACCGGGAACUGAUACCACGCAGUAUACUGGCCAUGCACGCCCAGGACCCCCAGAUGUUAGACCAGCUGUCUAAGAACAUCACCAGAUGUGGACUGUCUAACUCCACGCUCAACUACCUCCGACUGUGUGUGAUUCUGGAGCCCAUGCAGGAGCUGAUGUCCAGACACAAGACCUACAGCCUCAGCCCCAGGGACUGUCUCAAGACCUGCCUCUUUCAGAAGUGGCAACGCAUGGUGGCCCCGCCAGCUGAACCAGCCAGACAGGCCCCUAAUAAGAGGAGGAAGCGUAAGAUGUCAGGCGGCAGCACCAUGAGUGCCGGAGGAGGAACCACCAACAACAACAACAAGAAGAAGAGUCCAGCUAGCAGCUUCCCCCUGUCCAGCCAAGUACCAGAUGUGAUGGUGGUGGGAGAGCCCACCCUGAUGGGAGGGGAGUUCGGGGACGAGGACGAGCGCCUGAUCACGCGGCUGGAGAACCAACAGUUCGACGCGGCCAACGGCAUCGAUGACGAGGACAGCUUCAACAACAGCCCCGCGCUGGGCGCCAAUUCUCCCUGGAACAACAAAGCCCCAUCCAGCCAGGAGAGCAAGAGUGACAACCCUACGUCUCAGGCCUCACAGUAGAGGAGGGGAGGAGGGGAGGGGCUUCCAUAGUCUUAAAGGGGUUUCCUCUCCUUGUGGGUGUGUGUCAAUUGUCUGUAGUGGCUUCCUGACUGUUCUUAUCCUUUUCUCUUAAAGGGGCAAUCUGUAGUAGAACAAAAUAACAAAGCGUCACCUCUACCUCCCUGUUUUAGUAAAAAGCUGAGGGGUAGGCCUGGAGAAAUGUAGCCAU